UCGGUGCCAUGGCGGAGAGCGACUGGGACACGGUCACGGUGCUGCGCAAGAAGGGGCCGAGCGCGGCCCAGGCCAAGUCCAAGCAGUAUAUACUGAGCCGAAGCAGGAACAAUGUGAUGCCACGCAAGCAGCCCUGCUGGAAGCCAUGGACCGGAGCAAUUAGCAGAUGCUGGCAACAGUCACGCAUCACCUUGACAUGGUGGAACACCGCUUCUGGGCCCAGGAAACAAGCACUGACUGGUGGGACCGCAUAGUUAUACAGCUAUGGGAUGACGAGCAGUGGCCGCAGAACUUUCGAAUGCGCAAUCUUAGCAGCUCAGAGAAGAGGAGAAGAUGUAGAGACCUCCAAGAAAUGGGCAGCAGGCCAAAACAAGCAGCAUUCUAUCACUAAGAACACAGCUAAGCUGGAUCGGGAGACAGAGGAGCUGCACCAUGACAGAGUCCCCCUUGAGGUGGGCAAAGUAAUCCAGCAGGGCCGACAGAGCAAGGGCCUGACACAAAAGGAUUUGGCCACGAAAAUAAAUGAAAAACCACAAGUUAUUGCUGACUACGAAUGCGGAAGAGCAAUCCCCAACAACCAGGUUCUGGGCAAGAUCGAAAGAGCCAUCGGCCUUAAGCUACGUGGAAGGGAUAUUGGAAAACCACUUGAAGCUGGCCCAAAAGGGAAAUGAAAACAAAGCCUCGAAAUCAGUUUGUUCAGACUGAUCUCAUCUGGCUGGUGCUCUUUGACCACCAGAAUCUCUCUUCAUGUUGCCAAGCAGAACAAGAGGGUUUCAGACUUGCUUGGGGGGGGAUGGGGACCUGCAGAAUUUCUACCUUCUGUAAAAAGGCAAACUUAAGAAAUGAUUUUCCUGAUUUUGUUUUUUCCUUUCUCCUUUCUGGAGAUUAAGAAACUAAACCCAAUAAAUAUUGCAUCUAAUUUUGCCAGAA